AAGGGACUCUACGCAUUCAACACCACGAUCACAUGUGAUGCCGACCUCUGGAUGUCAGUCCAUGUUUCCUGGGGUCAUGUCACGACUAGUGGGUAUGGCGGGGGAGCCCUCUCCGUCAGCACCUGGAAGCAAAACUUCGGCUUGCUUGGAGACUCCAGCUAUACAUUAGAACCGUGGUUCCUGACACCAGUGCCCGGACGACCAGCUCGUGGCACCCCUGAUGACCACUACAACAAGGCCCACACCGCCAUUGCGCAAUGUUGUGGAGUGGUGCAUCGCUGUAAGCUUGUGCACAGCUGCUCAAGCAUCAUUGCUGCUUGUGCAGCUCUGCACGACAUUGCGUUGGCGGCACAUGAGCCUGUUCUCGAAGGAAACGAUGACGACACCGACGAUGCUGACUGCUGCCAGCAGCAGCUGAGCUACCACCACCACCACCACCACAACGGGAGCCAGCAGCAGCGCAACCGUGUAGUGAACCUGUUUCGAGAACUACAGGGCCUGCAUGCUUGAGCACCUGCGCAGAGUACGCCGCCGCCUGCAACGACCUCGGCAGCAUUGCGUGGUGCCUUCCGCUGCAAUGAGGGCCCGGGCGAGGGUACCAACGCCUUGCAAUUUGUGGACCGCGUCACCGAGAAGUUGAACCUGGCGCAGCUUUCCAAUGAUGCCUGGCCCCUGCCGCCUGGUGUUUGCGGCUAGUAACUCCAGCGCCUCGGCCUGCCGGUUGCCCCCAUCUCGCAGCUGCGGCAUGAGCUGGAAACCAAGAAAUGUGUUGCCAUUAUCAUCUAUAAAUUUCCUGCUACCGACUCUUCACUGGAAGCUUCUGUUCGUGAAGAGUUUGAGUGUGUGCAACAAUUUCCUCUCUGUUGAAAAUCCACUGACCCAACGGCAUCCAUGAAUGGUGCUUGGUUCACCGCACAACCAACGCACUUCGUUUGGACAGACCAAAGCGGUGCCGGAAUUCAUUUUCGCUCAUCUCAUCAAACGCAUCUCACGCCUCUAACCAUCUCUGCAUGAGAAGCAACCAAACAGCCCUUUUCAGGGCUGCACAAUCGUUUGCCCGGCUUUACGCGAUGACUGACACAAUCUCCUUCCGAAACCCUAGCUGCUGCAGUAUGCAAAACAUACAGCAAGCAGGUGUAACACAGGUGCAAACAUGUGCAUUUGUGUAUGAUGGUAUGUGAAAAAGUUAUAUAACGAGCUUGCUUUUUGAACAGUAUAUUUAGCAAUAGCACAUUUUCAGUUUCACUUUUGAAGCAAUUGACAAAACAGGGAAACAUUUCAAGAUGUUGAACAUUUUUGCAAUGCUACCUUUUUGCUACAUUUCACCAUAACUGCAAGGCAGGACACCUGUUUAUUCCAUCUGACAGUUAUGCAUACAACUAGCUCCUGCAACCGUUUGCCAAAUUUCUUUUGUGCAGCCUUUUGUCUUUAUGCCCACAGAUGUCAUCUCUUCACAAACAUAUGCCUGCACGCAUGAGCAUCACCUGUGAGCAUGUAACACCAUCUACAGUUAAUCAAAAACAUCAGCGAAACUUACGAGUUGGGGCACGGGGAAGAUCCUGGGCCACAUCCUCUUCAGCCACACCAGUAGCAGCUGGAGCAGGGCUCACCUGUUAUAGUAAGAAGUUUCUUGAUUGACACACUGAGUGCAAUAAGAAGUAUGGAAUGGAAGUGGACAAUAGCAAUGUUUUUUUAGAAUGUUUCAACAGCGGCAUGCUAUGACACACAGACUUCGGAGAGAGGGGUGGAGGGAGGCAAGCCUACUGGCUACGCACCUCACUCGACUCGAGGGUCUGAGAAAUGGGUUGGAACACGUAGGGUGCUCUAAUGAGCUUCGAAAUAUAGUUCGCAGCUGUUCUUUCGUCAUCACCGCAAAUGUGGCUGUUUCGCAUUCUGUUCUGGGCGGCGCAACGUGUUAGCACCUCAGCUAACGCGGCGGCCGGGUGAUCCACUCGAUAUUGUUUGAAAAAGUAAAACUAACAGCGCGUAAUGGCUCGAAGCAAACGAGCCCACUUGUUCGCAGCAUACAAGUAACAAUGAUAUUCUAAGCCAGUGCUUACCGAUUCAGACCACACGAACUAUGGGCCUCGCACACUCGUCCCUGUCAAGCACGACGCGGCCGCGGUAAUCCGAAAUCUGGCCGCCUCGGGUGCCGCUGUAAAGCACAAGCGGGACGUGUAAGAUGACCGACCACAAUACAAUUGUGCUCGCACUCACCUCUGCUGCCCUCGGAGUUUGGCAAGACCCUGCUGCGAAUAGUAGCGCUCAUUCCUCCAUCGGGCCUGCCACUGGGCCCUGGUGUUACGCGCAGGGACUUCUUCGUUCAAAAGCGCUACUAGCUCCUGCCACAUGUCGUCCCGGUCCUCCCUCGUGAAAGACGGCUCCAGCGGGCACGACAGCGUCGCGAUCUGUGGGUGCUCUUUCACAAAAGCCAGCAGAAGCUCCUUUUGACGAUCCGACACCCGAGAACCAACGCAGACGUUGCG